CAAGUGUGUUAGAGAAGCAUUAGUAGAAAGGGAAAGUGCAGCCUGCUGCAGUUACAGCUCCUGCAGCUUUGGAGUGAAAGCUUGCGAUCCAGCUUGAUAUCCCAUCUGCUCUGCAUUCCCAGAAGUGCAAACCUUUCUUGGUGCAAAAAUACUCCAAUGCUAAGAGGACAGAGGAAUAGGGAAAGGAGGCUUUUCAACUGAUGAGAAUAUCUGCUGGGAGACCCUUCUAGUUUUCCUACACUUAAGGGCUGGAAGGAGAAUUCCCCCAUGGAAUCUCCAGUGUACAUAUUUCGUGAAGAGCUGGGUCCCACCUGCCCCCCAGGCUUUUGCCCUUUUCCAAGCAGGACCAGCCACCGCUGGCUUGCAGACUGGGAAGAAUCUGACAACAGCAGCAAAGGUGGAUAUGAGGACUUGCAACAGAAUCAGACCAAUAUCUCCCCAGCUAUUCCUAUCAUCAUCACAGCAGUCUAUUCUCUAGUCUUUGUGGUAGGCCUGGUGGGCAACUCUCUGGUUAUGUUUGUCAUCAUAAGGUACACAAAGAUGAAGACUGCAACAAACAUUUAUAUUUUUAAUUUGGCUCUGGCAGAUGCACUUGUCACCACAACUAUGCCUUUUCAAAGUACUGAGUAUUUAAUGAACACUUGGCCCUUUGGGGAUGUGCUGUGUAAAAUAGUCAUUUCAAUUGACUACUAUAACAUGUUUACAAGCAUAUUCACCCUGACCAUGAUGAGCGUAGAUCGCUACAUUGCUGUGUGUCACCCAGUGAAGGCUCUGGACUUUCGUACUCCUUUGAAGGCCAAGAUCAUUAAUAUAUGCAUUUGGGUCUUAUCUUCAUCUGUGGGCAUUUCAGCCAUAGUUCUUGGAGGUACCAAGGUCAGGGAAGAUACCGGCAGCACAGAGUGUUCUCUUCAGUUUCCAGAUGACGAUUAUGUCUGGUGGGACAUCUUUAUGAAAAUCUGUGUCUUUGUCUUUGCCUUUAUUAUCCCAGUCCUAAUUAUUAUUGUUUGUUACACUCUGAUGAUCCUCCGCUUGAAAAGUGUGCGGCUCCUGUCUGGAUCACGAGAAAAAGAUCGAAACCUCCGCCGUAUCACUAGAUUAGUUCUUGUUGUCGUUGCAGUUUUCAUUAUCUGUUGGACUCCCAUCCACAUUUUUGUGUUAGUUGAGGCUCUUGGAGAUGUCUCACACAGCACUGCGGCCAUUUCUAGCUACUAUUUCUGCAUUGCAUUGGGCUACACCAACAGCAGUCUAAAUCCCAUUUUGUAUGCUUUUUUGGAUGAAAACUUCAAGCGUUGUUUCAAGGAUUUCUGCUUUCCUUUUAAGAUGAAGGCAGACAGGCAAAACACCAGCAGAGUUAGAAACACAAGUCAUAAUCCUGCUCAUGCUGGGAACGUUGAUGGUGCAAACAAGCCAGCAUGACUAGUUGUGGAAAUGUCAUCAUAUAGUCCUCCUGGAAGAGAAGAAUCCAAUGAUCUUGGAUUAACGCAAAUAACUACAGCAGUGUGAAACGGACAGUAAAAGGACCAUUUGAUAUUAUUUACAAAGCCCCACAGUUUCAACUGAAAUAUAGCCACCAAGAUGUCCUUCAUCUAUGUUCACUGAUGAUAAAUUCUGUUUCAACAGAACUUUGUAUAUCACAAAGUAAUCAUCUGGAGCAGAAGAAGAGAACUAGUUGCCCCUCCCCCAGACACCUUUAUGUAUGUUUUAUGUGGAUGUUUUAGUGAUUGCUGACAUUUUUUUUAUUAAGGAGUAAUGUGAUUUCAGCAUAUCACUAGUUUUAUUGUACUUGUCAGAACAGCAAAUCAGCAUUUCCUUUUAUUGAUUAUAUUGAUUGAGUAUGCAGUACUUUUUCAGCUAUUUAUAUGGCCAUGAAUAAUGCAAAAAUGUGACGUGAAGCCUUCUAUUGCAAUGGUUUGGAAAUUUCUUCUGAAUGGUUUCACACAGUACUGUAAUGAUUGAUAUGAUGAUAAUGUGUCAUGUGAUCUACGGAAGCAUUUUAAUUGUGGAUUUUCUAUUUUCAAUUAAUAGCUUUUAAUUGGAGAGAACACUAUAUAUGAUGAAUAAGGCUAUGUGAAUUUUAUUUACUUAAGCAAUUUGUAUUGUACUAUUGGGGUGCCCUAAUAUUCAUGGGCUAGAGCUUAGUGUGAAAAUUCUGUGUCCAUUCUCCAGGUGAAAUAAUCAAGUGUCAAGUAAUUAAAGACUUCAUUAAACCUGAUGGACAACCAGGCUGUCCCAAACAAAAUUAUGAAUGGUACAAUCCAAAGUAACUAUAUUGACCAAAAACUAU